GUGGCGAGCACUGACUGGAGUGGCACGGAAGAUAUUUGUUUUUCACCCAGUCAAAACUUGGGACUCUGUUGAUCCAGUACUUCAUGUUCCACCUGACCACCUGAUCCACGUGCAGAACAGCGGGAAAAAUCUGACUGAGAGGAGGGAGGGAAACCACAGAGAAACAGCAAUGGAGGCUUUUAGCACCAAGGAUAUGGCCAUGAAGGCCCAGAAGAAAAUCUUAAGUCAAAUGGCCAGUAAGUCGGUGGUGCAGAUGUUCAUCGACGACACCAGCAGUGAGAUCCUGGAUGAGCUGUAUUGGGUCUCAAAGGAGUACAGUGGAAACAAAACAGAGGCCCAGAAGGUCAUCAAGGACCUAGUCAAGAUCGCCGUGAAGAUUGGUGUACUCUUCCGCCACAGCCGUUUCGAUCCAGAAGAGUUAAGUCUCGCCCAGAACUUUAAGAAGAAGCUGCACCAAGGUGCCAUGACUGCAAUAAGCUUCCAUGAGGUGGACUUCACCUUUGAGAGUACUGUGAUUUCGGAGAUCCUGAGUGACUGCCGGGACAUCCUUCUAAGGCUUGUGGAAAAGCACCUUACGCCGAAGUCACAAAACCGCAUCCAGCACGUCUUCAACCAUUACUCUGACAAUAAGCUGCUGUCAGAACUUUACAGACCUAAUGGGCCUUACAAACCCCACCUCACAAACAUCUGCAAUGGCCUAAACAAACUGUUGGAAGAGGGCAAGUUAUGAGAAUGACAGAUCACAAAAUGACUUCUUAUGUGGCAGGUUUGCAUGCAACAGCUGUGCACUGAAACAGACAAUGUUGCAUCAAGACAAACCCCCUUACACAGAUGACCAACUAUGACAAAAAGGCCCAGUCUGUGUAUGUACUGUGGCCUUGUGUGUAAAAUAAUGUAUGUACAUAUUACAUAUCUACAUAUUCAAUAUAAAAUCUAACUCCUUAAAUAACAAUCACCAAAGGUCCUUACCCGAAGACAAACUGUUUAAGCUUAAGUUUUCAAUAUAAUUUGUUGUUGUUUUUGGGCUUAGUCUUUGUACACAGUGGAAUCUCCGUCCUCCUCCAUGUAUCACACUUAAGCUAUUUACAAUUAGAUCUUCAAAUACAAACAAUUAUUGUGUUCCUUCCUAAAUGUCUACACUCCAUAUAAUUACAUAACUGACAACUGGUAUUGUGAAAUCAAGACAAAAUGAAUGAAAUACAAAAUGUACAUUUAAAGUUAAAUUUACAGAGGCAUGAUUGGAAGAGAAUGCAUGACUUGGAACAUCCAUGAACCCAUAUUGCCAUCUAGUGGUAACCUUCAUGAUUUAUGUGUUAUCUCGGCAUUGUCUAACCAUAGCCACUGUUGAGAAAGUGACAAGACCGUCUACAAAGCCAUCAAAUGUUCAUUCAAAUUAUCAAGUCUUCAGAGAAUUCACAAAUGCUGCUGCUUACCUUCAGAUCAGUAGGCCUCCUGACACGGCACUGGCUAACAGAUCACUGGAGCAUCCAGGUAACCAAGUGCAACAUUUCAACUGAACUCACUGCAAAUUGGUUCUCCUGAACAGGCCUACAACACAAGACUGUUGACCAGCACUGGCAAACCUAUGAACAUAUGGAAAUGGAUGGAGGAUAUAAACAUUCUACCCAAUAGUACUCAUAAAACUUGAAAUAAAUUGUCAACAUUU